GUUCAACACCAGCACACAACGCAACGAAAAAGAUGGCCACCGACGCAGGAAUUCGUCGCCCGCGUACCCGGCGUCAACAUCUCUUCGUUAAAGAGCUCAAGUCCUUAAUGUACGCCUUCGGUGACGACCCAGACCCACUUCCGGAAUCGGUUCAGGUCCUCGAUGAGAUUGUCACCGAUUACAUUAUCGAUAUGUGCCAUGACGCGGCAAGGAUGGCUUCCAGGGGUGGGAGGAAUAAGAUCAAGGUGGACGACUUCAAGUUUGCGCUCAGGAAGGAUCAGAGGAAGUUGGGAAGGGUGGAGGAGCUGUUGAUUAUGUCUAAGGUUAUCGCCGAUGCCAGGAAGCAGUUUGAUGAUAAGCAGGAGGUUAAUGAUAUUGCGGGUACUGGGAAGUAGUGAGGAGAGGGCGGAGGACGAGAAUGGUACAAAAAUUAUGGGUGUAUUAUUAUGAUGAGGUGUUUUGCGGGUUAUUUCAUCGUGAUUUCCUUACAUGAAAGGGGUUUUCUUUUGUGGGAUGACCGGUUUGUUUUUUUUGACCCUAUGUACAACAUACCAUACAUGCUAUUAUGAUACAGAUACAA